AUGGAGCAACAACAGCUUCUACAUUUUUGCGAUUCAAAGCAUCCCUUGGUCUACAGUCUAGACUACAGUGGUGGAGAUACUUGUCAUGGGUGCCAAGAAUCAGUUCAUGGUCCUAUCUACUAUUGUCCAAAUUCAGAAUGCAGUAGUUGGUACCGUCAUCAUACAUCAUGUGCGGAAGUACCCCUUGGGUUGCACCAUCCCUUGCACCCAUUACAUCCUCUUAUUCUUUUUGAUGAAAAAACUGUUUAUCCUGAAGAGAAAGAAAAGAGCAAAUGCCAAGUCUGUAAAGAAUCUCGCAGGGAAUACACUUAUCGCUGUUACCGUUGCGACUUCAACCUUCACAUCAAAUGUGCUGUUUUACAACAUGAAGCUAAAUUCCACGAUCACCCAUUGACUCCCUUUUGGAGGUGGAUUACGUUCACUUGUGACAUUUGUGGCAAAGAAGGCAAGUAUGCUCCCAUUGUGUGUCUCCCAUGCGGUUUUUGUAUUCAUAGAAGAUGCGCUUCUUUCCCACACAGAGUCAAAGUUGUACGUCACAGACACCCACUACACCUUACCCAUUCUUCUCUUGAACUCCGUGAAUCCGACUCCCGAUUUUGUCAACUCUGUGUUCAAAAGGUGGACACACACUACGGGCUUUACUAUUGCUCCAAAUGCGAUUUUGUUGUCCACCUCAAUUGUGCUAUAGAUCGGAGAAACAAGGAGGACAUAAAUUUGCUGGAACUUAAAGAUGAGGAGAACGAAGAUGCAGAGCUCGAUCAAUUUGUUGAGUCAGCAACAGCUUACGAAGUCAAAAAUAUCAAAGUGGAGGAGGACGGAACUGAAAUACCCACAAAAAUUAAACACUUCAGUCAUGAGCAUGACUUAAAGCUCACUGAUGAGGAGGUUCACAAUAACGAAAAAUGCAAUGGAUGUGUAAGAGCCAUUUUCCCUCCUUUUUAUAGAUGUGUCAGAUGUAGCUUCUUUCUUCAUAAAUCUUGUGCUAAUUUACCAAUGAAAAAGCGAAACCCACUUCAUCAACACCCACUCACCCUCCAAAAGAUGUUCACCUUGUGUGAUGCUUGUUACCAGGAAUGUAAUGGUUUCUCCUACACUUGUAAGUCAUGCAACUUUGAUCUUGAUGUUCAAUGUAGUUUGGUCCCAGAAAUCCUUACCCAUGAAGGUCAUAAGCACCGACUCAUCCUCUCCUACACAAGCUUUGAACAGAGUUGCAGUAGUUGUGGUGAUAGAAGAAAACUAGUAUUCCGUUGUACUAGUUGUGAAUUUGCACUUGACUUUAAAUGUGCGACACUACCACAAACCAUAAGAUACAAACAACAUGAGCAUCCCUUCACUCUCAGUUAUGCAGCUGAAGAUGACUCUGGUGAAUAUUAUUGUGAUAUUUGUGAAGAAGAACGAAACCCAAACUAUUGGUUCUACUACUGUGGAGAUUGCACUUAUCCUGCACAUCCCAAAUGUAUUCUUGGGAAAUAUCCAAAUUGGAAGUAAGGAGGCACUUAAACAUUUGAUUGUCACUGACACCCCUCAAGUGUAGUCUUCCUUGCAAAAAGUCGAUCUAUCAAUGUGUCCCAUGUAA